CAGUUGCCCAACUGGUCGAUAAAACGUAUCAUCUCACGUUCGUUGGCGCAUCCAGAGGGAGUCAAUCCCAUGUGACUGAGGAACUACUCAAGCAUGGCUUGUUGCAAAAUCAGCUGAUUGUGAAAGGAUAUCUUGAAAAACGCGAAGAUCUAAUAACUCUCUUAUGUUCUUCCAAUCUUGUCAUCAUUCCAUCUCGAACAGAGGGUUUCGACUUGAAUGCUCUGGAGGCGCUAUCGGCUGGUAUACCUUUUCUUGUCAGUCAAAACAGUGGUUUUGCAGAAGCUGUUCAAGACAUUACAGUUGGGUCAGCUUUCAUCGUAGAUUCUGAAGAUCCAGAGCCCUGGGCUGAGGCCAUUAAAACCACCCGAGAGAAAGGCAGUGAAAGAGCAUUUCAGGAAUGUCAAGAACUGCGUACACUUUACGCAGAGAAGUACAGCUGGCAGAGGCAGUGUGAAGAACUUCUCAGUGUUAUGAUGUCUUUGAUCAACGGUGAGUGUUGACAAGAGAACAAAAAGGAAUGUUCUCUUGGUGACGUAAGGAAGAUUAACCCUCGAAAGACUAUCAACCUCGUUCCCACGGUGCUAACUCUCACGGGUAGGAGAGGACCCUGGGAACGAGGCUGUAUCUGGCCCCGGUUGUUCAAACGCUGGAUAGCGAUAUCCACAAGAUAAAUCACCAGUAUUAUCCAGUGGCUAAGUAUUAGGAGAACCAAUUGCCUUUCUCUCUAAAUGGAUAGUGAUUUAUCCGGACGAUAGCGUAAUCCUAAGAAAUAACACGCAAACUGUGGUGAUAAACAUAAGGAAAAAAUUUUCACCCCAGUUUCCGUGUUCUAUCUUAUCACACCACGAUGGCCAAAGAACGAGAGUAUUUAGGGUAUCCCACUUGUAGAGCAACUGGGGCCAUUUGCUUAAUAGGGCUGCAGUCUACUGGUUCACUGUUUUGUUCUUGAUAGCGUUUUGAGAUAUUUUUGCUCUUAGCUUUGUCACUUCCAAAUAUAAGAAAAAUUCGUUUUUACCCUAAUGCUAACAGUUAUAUGUAACUAAUAUUCGACAUGCAUGUGUCAUAAACAUCCUUGUGAUCUGUUAGGCGGGCGGAGAGGAAACAAAUGCCCCUUUUGUCUUCGGAAGACAAAGCACGGUCGUCAAACAAGUCUUACAAGAAAGACAUCUAUUUGCCAGACUAACGAUGAGCAAAACUCUCUGAUAUCACGACUGCGACGGCGGCGAAAACAUUUGAAAAGUGGCUUUGCCUUUUGCCAAGGAGAAACUUUUCAGUGGCGGAUCCAGGGGUGGGGCCCGGAGGGGCCUGCGCCCCCCCCUUAUUUUUAGACCAAACUGAGGCCCGAAGGGCCGAGAAAAAGUUCUUGAAAAGUACUUGAUUUCUUUAUUAGGUCUUGAAUAAAUUCACUACCUUGUAUACGCAAACCACCCUCUUCUGUAAAAUAAGAUUAUUUUGCCGAGGAAAAUUUGGCUCAUUCUUGGUGUCAGAACCUGUAAAACUCACGGGUAACGUGUUAUUUCCUUUUUCAUUUCCUUUUUUAUUUCCUUUUGCUUCUUCCAAAUGCUAUUUUUUACCUCAGAUGGAAUUGCAAGUCAUGCCCAGUCAUUUUUUUUAAAGUGUUGUUGCGGAAAGUGGUAUGAAAUAAUGUGAUCAACGAUGGCGGAAGAAGUAAAACUCAUAAAUGACUCCAUGACGUGUUCUAGCCACUAGGGUGUUCAAAGGGGGUUAAAGAAUGCCGAUUUAUUACAUAAAUCUUAGUCCUUGAAAAUUGUAAUUUGUCCUUGGAAAAUCCUUGAAAAGUCCUUGAAAUUUGUUUUGUCUGAAGUUGUACGAACCAUGUUUCCUAUAAUAAGGAAUUUAGCUUCGUUUAGGAGAAAAUUUGUUGAAAUUCCUUUUUGGGGUAAUGGGUUCAUGAUAACCGUCACGAAUAUAGAGACAUUCCAUGACCACUUUGCCCACUAUGUUAAAGUUACAGUAGUGGCUGUAGUUGCUGUAGCUGGUUUAGUUAGUGUAGUUGGUGUAGUAUAUGUAGUUGCUGUAGUUACUGUAGUUUGUGUAGUUGCUGUAGUUACUGUAGUUGCUGUAGGUAGGUGUAGUAUAUGUAGUUGCCGUAGUUGGUGUAGUUACUGUAGUUAGUGUAGUUGGUGUAGUAGAUGUAGUUAAUGUAGUAUGUGUAGUUGUUGUAGUUGGUGUAGUUGCUGUGGUUGGUGUGGUAGGUGUAGUUAGUGCAGUUGGUGUAGUACAUGUAGUUGGUGUAAUUGCUGUGUUAGUGUAGUUGGUGUAGUUGGUGUAGUUAGUGUGGUUGGUGUAGUAUAUGUAGCUGGUGUAGUUGCUGUAGUUAGGGUAGUCGGGGUAGUAUGUGUAGUUGUUGUAGUUGGUGUAGUUACUGUAGUUGGCGGGGUAGGUGCAGUUAAUGUAGAUGGUAUAGUACAUGUAGUUGGUGUAGUUGGUGUAGUUGCUGUAGUUAGUGUAGUCACUGUAGUCGGUGUAGUUGGUGUAGUAUAUGUAGUUGGUGUAGUUGCUGUAGGUACUGUUGUUCGUGCAGUUAGUGUAGUUGCUGUAGUUGGCACGGUGUAGCUGAUGUAGUUUGGUGUAGUUGCUGUAUUUUGGUGUAGGUUGAUGUAUUUAGGGGUAGUUGGUGUAGUUCGGUGUAGUUUUGUGUAGUUGCUGUAGUUUUUGUGGUUAAACAAGAUUUUAUUCUAACAGAUAACCAAAAAUACGUAAAUCGUAACUUACGUGAACACCCAAAAAAUGUUCGGUGUGUCAUCGACGCUUUCCCUUUUUAAUACAGAUUUUUACAGUGUUUUUGUCGUUGUUUGUAUAAUGAAAUAAUGUUGCUUUGUUAACUCGCUUAUUUCGAAUAUUAUCAUAAUUGAUUUACCUUCUUAUAAAGCUUUCAAACGGUAAAAUUAUUCGUACAUUUCUUUUGCAUUGUGUUGGGUAGAUGAUCGCAGCAAUAAACACCUCAUUGGUAUAUUACCGUAAAGUUUUAGAAAGUAACGAGCCCCCCAAAGAACCAACCCUCAGAAAGUUGCGUUAAGAUUUCGCAGGUGUUAGCAAACCCCCACCGUCAAUUUCCUGCCGGAAAUUAACGAGCCCCAAAAGUAGCGACCUCAAAAGUAAUUUUCCCUUUUUGCAAGAAAUGACGAAAACAGAUUAACACCACAAGCUAUAUUUAACUGAUUCGUGUUUUAUUUUUAUGACUAUAUUGGUUUUUGAUUUUCCUUUUCAAAGGAAAAUACAUACAUGUAACUAUCAUAAAGUGAUUGUACAUUACAUUUUUUUCCAAAAAGUAUUUUCUUGUUCUGUCCUAAAUACCCGUAUAUAAUUAUAGGGAUACCGUAAUAAAUCGUUUUGCCAAGAACAAAACUAGUAAACGAUGUAUUUAAGGCAAUCAGUCUUUACAUAUGCAUAUGCUCACAUCUAAAAAAUUGAACUUAAGCCUAACUGUGUAUGUGUACGGUACACGUUUUAGCUAUCUGAAAUUAGCAACCGUCUGACGGCAAUGGUAAGAGAAGGUUGCUAAUUCCAAGAACCUCACUUUAAGUCCUGUUCCUGUAUUACAGCAACUACUCAUACUACACAAACUACACCAACUACACAUACUACACCAACUACAGCAACUACACUAACUACACCAACUACACCAACUACAGCAACUACACAUACUACACCAACUACAGCAACUACACAUACUACGCCAACUACAGCAUCUAGACAUACUACACCAACUACAGCAACCACACCAACUACACUAACUACAGCAACUACACUAACUACCCCAACUAAACAAACUACAUCAACUUCAGCAACUACACUAACUACACCAACUAAAACAACUACACCAACUACACUAACUACACCAACUACAUAUACUAUACCGACUACACUAAAUACUCCAACUACACCAAGUACACUAACUACACCAACUACACCAACCACGACAGCUACACAUACUACACUAACUACAGUAACUACACCAACUACAGUAACUACGCCAGCUACACAUACUACACCAACUACAGUAACUACGCCAACUACACCUAACUACACAUACUACACCAACUACACAUACUACACCAACUACAGCUACUACACCAACUACAGUUACUACACCAACUACAUAUACUACAGCAACAACACAUGCUACACCAACUACAGAAACUACACCAAUUACAGCAACUAAACCAACUGCACCAACUACACCAACUACACUUACUACACCGACUACACUAACUACACAUACUACGCCAACUAAACCAACUCCAACAACUACAGUAACUACACCAACUACAGCUACUACACCAACUAUAGUAUCUACAGCAACUAUACCAACUACAUAUACUACACUAACUACAGUAACUACACAUACUACACUAACCACCAACUAGACCACCUACACCAACUACAGUAACUGCAGCACACAUACUACACCAACUACACCAACUCCAACAACUACAGCAACUACACAUACUACAGCGACUACAGCUACUACACCAACUAAAGUAACUAGAGCAACUACACCAACCACAUAUAUACUACACUAACUACAGUAACUACACAUACUACACCAACUACAGCAACUACACAUACUACACCAACUGCACUAACUACACCAACUACUGUAACUACAGCAAGUAGCUACGGUAACUGUAGUGGGCAAAGUUGGCAUGGAAUGUCUCCUUAUUCGUGACGGUUAUAAUGAAUCCAUUACCCGAAAAAGUUCGUUUCCUCAGCUGGUUAAGAGUAGUUUGUCACUUUGUACGGUUGUACCUCAGGCGGACUUCCAACGCUUUCAGUUUAUUUCCCUUGAUCUUUGGACCCUUCCUUUUCAAUAACCCACAAAAUAACCUCAACAACAAUAUUUGGAAAGUCUAAACAUUUUUGAAAAUACCGUCUUUCCCGUGUUAUUUCCGUAAAAGCGCGUUGAAGGCGCCAGCCAGCGCGAUCAACUUCUUCAAUUAUCCGAGUCGUUUUCCAAUUUAAUGUAUUACCGAAACCUUUUCCGCCGAAGAGCUGAUUUUUCUAUUAGAAAAGGACAGUAGCUGGUAUACAAAACAGGUAAUCUUUCCGCGUGGAAGAAGGUAGGCUAGUGAAAUUACGUAUAACAAUGUUGAAAUAUCACUCGUGGUCUUAUGCCAAAUAUGACUACUAGUCAUGCUAUUACCUAUACUUAUUUCUUACUCAAUUUGGUGGCAAGGCUCCGGUGGCUAAAUUCCUUAAUACAGCUCUGACUUGUAAAAGCAAAUCUUGAGAUAGCCGCAUAAACGCAACAACUCUCUUUAAUUUACCAGUUACGGUUAGACGGUACAUCCGUCAUCUUCAGUGUUACAUAUUUUGAAAUCGCCCUUAAAUUUAAAUCUCGCGCGAUGUUACAAAGUUCGUUACAUUGUGUUGGCAAUAUUGCGUACUAAAAAAUUUAAAUUAGUGACGCUUAGCUACUUACAGGGAGAGAGUCAGGUUCAUGUGUUUCACCUGCUGGUUGAGGGCGGGUUUCUCCCAUUUUAUGAACAUAGAUCCUGAAGCUUUACCUGUUCAUUGGUAGCUAUUGAUACAAGGCUCACGAAUCUUUUUAAUGUGAAAGUUGCUGUCCCUGACGGGCUUCGCACGCGUGUGGUUUAUAAAUUUCGUGUGGAAGACGAGUUGUAAUGCUUGUUAUGUUGGUGAAACCAGCCGACAUUUCUCCACACGAGUGUGCGGGCACAUACUUUCCGACAGGUCUUCAAGCGCUUGAAGAUCUGCAGAGUUCAGAGUUUUGUCGAACAUCCGGCACACCAGAUUGCUUCGAGAUCCUGGACUCUGCAGCUACUAAGGACCCCACUAAGUACGAAGUAAGACUCAAGUAAAGCUUAAGGAAAUGGGAGAAACCCGCCCUCAACCAGCAGGUGAAACACAUAAACCUGACUCUCUCCCUGUAAGUAGCUAAACGUCACUAAUUCAGUAAACUUUUUAGUACGCAAUAUUGCCAACGCAAUGUAACGAACUUUGUUACAACGACGAUUUCAAAAUAUGUAACACUGAAGAUGAAGGAGGUACCGUCGAAACAUGUCUGGUAAAUUAAAGGAAUUUGAAAUGUUUAUGCGGCUAUCUAUAUUGUUGCUGCUGUCUAGACCUUUUGGAUAAAUCUUGAGAUGUUUUUGUAAUCUUCUGCAGAAAAACGUUAAUUUUAAUUUUUUGUGGGAAAAGUUUUUUCUUGACAUUCAUAGUUUGUGUAAUAUUCCACAUUCUGAGGGAAAACGAUCGAUAACUCAGUGGGAUAACCUUAUUAUAGGAAAUUAACGAUGCACGUUGACAACGCUAAGAAAAUUUACGUUACACAAAAUUAACGCGAAUUUUCCAAAAGUUACUUUUACUAACUUGAUUUUAAGCAAAUUUGUUGCAAUACAAACUUCUCAACAUAUAUAUCUAAAGGUGAAAAAAACAUAAAUAAACGUAUAUGGAAAUUUUAAGAAGAAAAACUGAAGAAGUUAGGUAUCCCCUCGGGGAAGACCAAUCAAAAGACAUUUUGAACUCAAUUCUUAAAGAAGAACUGCCAGAUAGUGACUCUUAGGCGUUGAUGGAGGAACUAUGAGCAGACGAGGUUUUAUUAUUGAAAGAAAGGUGCUGUAAAACAAACAAUGAUGUAAAAUAGGGUGAUUUGAAUUAACAUCGACGUAAACUAAGAUGCAUUAAAUUACGCGAUUUUUAUUAAAAUCACGUUAAUAAAGUGCAAAUAUGUGUUUUUUAUGCUUCCGCCUCGGUUUCAACCACAUCAUGAAGAUUUUUUUGUCUCCCAAAGAAAAAUUGGAGGACGAUGAAGACAUCACCAAAUAUAAGCUUAACAAUAACCAAGGUAAGGUAUACUCCUUGCUACACAUAUUUUAUUGUUAUAUACAUACUGAGAAAUACUCACCACAACGCUAUUUCGUAAAUUUUCGUACGCAAAUUAGUUCCAGCCAAUCAGAGGAGCGAACGAUGGUUUUCACAUGUGAAAAAAAUGAUAUGUCCAAUCAGAAUCGCGAACGAUGUUUUUUCACGUGCGAGAAAAAUGAUACGUCCAAUCAGAAGCCACAGAGGUGUGUGAGUUUCGCGCCAAAAUUCCCGCCUUUUAUUGCAGCUUGCAACGCCGCUUCGCACACAUUAAACGAUAAAAGUUUUACUCAAAGAGUUUUUCUCGCUAAGAAAGUGAAAAACUUUUCGGAAAUGGAGUGGAAUAGUUUCGUUUGUUUCACUGUCGAUAAAGAAAACGGUAGAGAGCCGCCGAAACAACAGCGGAAAAGGAAAAACAGAACGAGACGUAAUAAGCUUUUGUUGUGCUUUUUGUCGGACCUACUUUGCCUUUCAUUUAAGAGGCUGUCUCAGUAAAAACCGCCCACUCAAUUUCGCGUGAAAAAUUAUUUUGCCUGAAACUCUGGCGAGUGAAAGUCUUUAUCGAGACUAUAACUAAAAUAGGUUUGCUUUCAUUCACAAUAAUUUUCUGGCCGCGCUGGGGGGCGCCGAGUAUUUUGUCCCGCCACGGCCAUUUUGCACGUCUUGAAAACUGAAAAUUUGGCAUUUUUUGCGGUGCUGUAAAAAGUUUGAUUUGCACCAUCUACCAAUGAAUUUUAUGCCUAUUUAUAGGUAAACAUAUCUAGUUUUUCCUGAAAGUAAUAGUUAUCCGCUAAAUUUAGCUGGAAAGACGAAAUCACGCAAAAUAUGGCCUCAACUAAUUGCCUUGAAGCGAAAGGCCAAAAAUUACCCUGUUUUAGAAGCUUAUUUCUGACUUUUGGGACAUAGUUGAAAGCUCUAGACUAAAUAGACGCAAAGAUAGACCAUUUGUUAUUAAUAAUAUAAAAAAUCCCAUGCACGAUUUCAGUAUUUUAAAAGUUAUGACCGUUUGUAUCAACGCGUAUGCGAGCUAAUACGGUAUUUUCAGAUUUAGCGUAACGGAUCUUCCUCAAGCAGAUUUCGUCAGUACGGCUUACCUAAUUCAUUACUGGCACUGGCUCACAAAUUGAGCCAUAUUCCAAUCCCUGAGAUGCCGGACUCCAUAAAAUUCCAGUAAAUGUGCUUUAGAAACUGCUGUUAUGCGGCCAUUUUUGAAUCCUAUGCUAACAAGAUCUAACAAUCUCAAAACAGGUGAAACUGUGUCACGUUUCGAGCUAAAUAGCUCGGUAAAACAACCGUUCAGAAGUGAAAGUUUGCUCGAGAAUCAGAAAAUCAACUAGGCAGGUCUCAUUUUGGAUCAGAAAAUUGAGAUUUCAGAGCUACAACCUCGAAUAAAUCUUCUAUUCAACCGGCUCUGCAAGGUCGAAUGCAGGUUGACACGUGAAAAAAAAUGUUGUAACCCGGAAAUAGGGAAAACCGGAAAUGCGGAAAUCCGGAUCAUCCGGAAAUCGGCAAAUCUAAAAUCAAUCAGAAGCCGAAGGCAACUCCAACAACUAGAGACAGCUGCAUUCGUUUAGAGCUUCUUUUCGACGUUGAGACACGUAAAAGAUAAAACCUUCCAAACCGGCGUAGCUGUUUGAUUUUCACUGAACUGAAAAGCAGUUCCACGAUCGAUUGCGUUUGGCAAAUAGGCUCCAUUAGAAACAGUAAAUAUCAUUAGCCGGUUACAAACAUUCUAUGUGCGCUAACAUAUCACACUUGUGACUAAUACUUUACAGAAGUUGGCUAUAUAUCGAAACUGAAUGUUUCGAGAUCUAGGAAACCGAGCCACCUCGGUUGUCUGGGCUUAUUAGUAUAGAGGGUCCUUGAAAAUCGUUUGUUAAGAGCGGAUAAAUAGUCCCGGCCGGUGAGUAAGUUUAUAAGAAACCGAUCAGGGAGGGGAAGGCUUGAGUGAAUGGGAGAAAGCCUUCUUCAAAUUUUACUGAUCCUCUUCCUGAAUCUUCUCCCGUCCCUUUGACUAUUUUUACAACAGGAACUAGAUUUUCCUCCUCCGUCUCCUCCCAAACUUUACCUAAUUCAUUACUGGCACUGACUGAAAAUUGACCAAUAUUUCAUUCAAAAUUCUAGUAAAUGCGCUUUUGAAACUGCUGGUAUGUGGCCAUAUUUGAAUCCCAUGCUGAAACUACCGUAAAAUUCCGAAAUAAGCCCCUCCAUGUAUAAGCUCCCCCAAACUCGACCCAAUAUAAGACCCCGGGGUCUUGUGCUUGGAAAAUUGCCCUCAAGUACAAAGUAAAACAAAGCAAAACGGUUAAUUUCCUUCCAACUAUAAGCUAGCCCAAUCGAUUUUUAAACGCAAACUUCCCUCCGUAAAUAAGCUCCUACGAAUAUAAGCCGGUCCGAAAAUAAGCCCCUCAAAAAGGGCCUUUGAAAAAUAUAAGACCCGGGGCGCUUAUUUUCGGAAUUUUACGGUAUGUCACGUUUAGAGAUAAAUAGCUGGGUAAGAAAGAAAAUAAAAGAAAUGUCCGGAGGAGAGACUUGUCCGAGAAUCAAAACAUCAGCUAAGCAGAUUUCGUUUUGGGUCAGAAAACCCAAAUUUAUCGACAAAUGUAGGAUUAUUAUAUUUUUUCGACCAUUUAACUGUGUUUUCUAGCUAAUCUUAAAACAAAGUGUCUUAGCGCCUUUCUUGGCCAUAUUGCAUCGGAUUUUUGGUCUAAAAAAAGGGUCGCUCUUAGGACGUGCCACUAGUGUUACCAUUCGGUGUGAAUAUUCUAAACACGCAUACAGAAUUAAAUCCUUUCUUAAAGCUAGUCUAGAUUAAAUAGCACUUUCUUGCAACCAUACCCUAUAAUCCAAAUGACUUUCCUCUGCUCUCCUCGCGUUAUCCGCUAUCCAAGUUAUCCGUGAAUCAAAAAAUGACUCAUUUAAGAUUGAGGCCUUGGUUCAAUAAUUUUUGGAGAAUUUCUGGAUGAUUCUUCGAAUGUUUUUAAUGCAUAAAAAUUAAGGAGGAUGUUAAAAAUGUUGGAAAAGUUGGAAAAUAUUGGAUUAGGGGGUUGCUAGAAAUUAAAAUAUGAAGUGAAUAAUCAGAAGAUACCAGAGACUCCAACAAGGCUUUAUGUGCAUACCUUUCCUACUCUUAUUUAUUUCUUUCCAAAAUCACCAUCAUUUUCCCCGAAAAAGACAACCAGAAUGCCCCCUUAACAAGCGACUUUCAAGGACCCUCUAUACUAAUAAGCCCAGACAACCGAGCUGGCUCGGUUUCUUAGAUCUCCAAACAUUCAGUUUCGAUAUAUAGCCAACUUCUGUAAAGUAUCAGUCACAAGUGUGAUAUGUUAGCGCACAUAGAAUGUUUGUAACCGGCUAAUGAUAUUUACUGUUUCUAAUGGCGCCUAUUUGCCAAACGCAAUCGAUCGUGGAACUGCUUUUCAGUUCAGUGAAAAUCAAAUAGCUACGCUGGUUUGGAGGGUUUUAUCUUUUACGUGUCUCAACGUCGAAAAGAAGCCCUAAACGAAUGCAGCUGUCUCUAAUUGUUGGAAUUGCCUUCGGCUUCUGAUUGAUUUCAGAUUUGCCGAUUUCCGGAUGAUCCAGAUUUCCGCAUUUCCGGUUUUCCCCAUUUCCGGGUUUCAACGUUUCCGGUUUACAUGUCAACCUGCCUUUGACCUUGCAGAGGCGGUUGAAUAGACGGUUUAUUCGAGGUUGUAGGUCUGAAAUCUCAAUUUUCUGAUCCAAAAUGAGACCUGCCUAGUUGAUUUUCUGAUUCUCGAGCAAACGUUUACCUCUGAACGGUUGUUUUACCGAGCUAUUUAGCUCGAAACGUGACACCUGUUUUGAGCUUCGGAUUGUUAGCAUGGGAUUCAAAAAUGGCAGCAUACCAGCAGUUUCUAAAGCACAUUUACUGGAAUUUUAUGGGGUCCGGCAUCUCAGGGAUUGGAAUAUGGCUCAAUUUGUGAGUCAGUGCCAGUAAUGAAUUAGGUAAGCCGUACUUUUGACAAAAUCUGCUUGAGGAAGAUCCGUUAAUCAAAAUCUGAAAAUAUCGUAUUAGCUCGCAUGCGCGUUGAUACAAACGGUCAUAACUUUUAAAAUACUGAAAUCGUACAUGGAGUUUUUUAUAUUAUCAAUAACAGAUGGUCUAUCUUUGCGUCUAUUUAGUCUAGAGCUUUCAACUAUGUCCCAAAAGUCAGAAAUAAGCUUUUGAAACAGUGUAAUUUUUGACCUUUCGCUUCAAGGCAAUUAGUUGGGGUCAUAUUUUGCUCGAUUUCGUCUUUCCAGCUAAAUUUAGCGGAUAACUAUUACUUUCAGGAAAAACUAGAUAUGUUUACCUAUAAAUAGGCAUUAAAUUCAUUGGUAGAUGGUGCAAAUCAAACUUUUUACAGUGCCGCAAAAAAUGCCAAAUUUUCAGUUUUCAAGACGUGCAAAAUGGCCGUGGCGGGACAAAAUACUCGGCGUCCCCCAGCGCGGCCAGAAUAUUAUUGUGAAUCAAAGCAAACCUAUUUUAUUUAUAGUCUCGAUAAAGCGUUUCACUCGCCAGAGUUUCAGGAAAAAUAAUUUUUCACGCGAAAUUGAGUGGGCGGUUUUUACUGAGACAGCCUCUUAAUAAGCUUAAGCUUAUAUUGAAACCGGCCAUUUUACUUGAAUUCACUCAUUUUCAAUUGUGCAUUGAGAACAAACAGUUAAGAUUACUUAUAGUUCUUGGAUUACCUCAUAUCCUUACCGUCAUUUAUGUUUUUAACAAACGUUUUUACUAAAAAGCUGAUACUUCGUUUUCGUUGUCGUUUUGCGGUAAGUGUGCAGCGGCAAAUUUUAGCAUUUUUGAACGAUUUAAAAUAAAAAGGCCGCCAAAAUGAAUGUCUCAGUAUGUAUAUAACAAACACAAUACCACAUGGAAGGUGCUUUGUACUGUAUUUACGCACUCGUUGUUUUUGUAUCAGAAAUCUUACUCGUUCGCUGCGCUCACUCGUUCGAUUUCUGAUACGUCAACAACUCGUGCGUAAAUACCGUACGCCAGCACUUUCCAUGAAGUAUUCUCUAUUUGAAAGUAUUGUAUUUCUGUCUCAUUCAGUCAAAAAAAUAGUGACAGGUACAUUGUCUUUACCAGGGGAAUGUAGCAGUAAACUAAGUACCAGCUUAAUCGCGAGGUCGUAGCUGGCAUAAGGCAAGACGAGGCAAGCGCCUCGUCUCGAUUUAAACAAGAUUGAAUUUUCUAAAACUGCCUAAAAUACAAUGUGGCUCAAGGCCUCUAGAUUUUGCAAUUUUCUGCGUUAAAUGUCUCGCUACGGUCCUGGCCGGAUCGUGGCGUAAAUCUUGAAUUUUCUAUAGUUCUUAGUAAUUAUAUAAACUCUUAAUCUCUAAAGAAACAAUCACUGUGCAGUAAUCUUUCUAAAGCUGUAAGAUGAUACAUGAUCGCGUCUAGAGACGUAGCUUAUUUAACAUCAGUAUGAAACCUGAUGUCACCUCUAAUAACUUGUUAAACCGAUUCUUUUAACUUUCAGAUUUGACUCCAGCCUUUGUGCGAGCUAGAGGAGACAAGGCACUUGCUGCUUACCACAGGGCAAUUGAGACAAGUGGUAGCACAUAUGAUAAACGUGUCAAGGUUUUGCUCGUAGGGCAAGAUCGUGUGGGCAAAACGAGCCUCGGUAAAGCUCUAAGAGGUGAACCUUUUAAUGAAGCCGAACUCAGUACCGAGGGAGUGCAAAUGAUCCCUGCUAUCAAAAAUGCUGGAACAGGCGCGUGGAGAAAUCCAUCAUUUCUUGAGAACACAACAGUAUUUGAUCAUAAGGUUGCUGCAAAGACUGCUGAGGAUUUAUUAAGCAAACAUUCGGAGCAGCCAGCAGAGAAACGACUAAGAAUUGAAGCGUCUAACAAAACAGAUCAGUUAUUUGUUCAAGAUGGUAAGCGUCCGAAACAUUUUCUUUUCUUUUAUUUUUCCUCUAAGUGAUAAUUAUUCCAAAAGAAUCCUUGAGUUCGAGAGGCUCUUUCUCAAAAGUUCUGACAGCGUUUGGCCCGGGAAAGCUCUUUUAGGACCUCAUUGGUUUGCGAAAAAGAUUUAAAUUUUCUUUGAAGGAAAAAAGAAAAGAACACGUCUUCAAUUUGCGUAAACGGGGUAGAAAUAUCCAGAAAACACACUUUUUCUACGACACAAAAUUAAGGCAAUCGUUGCAAAACAUCAAAACAGAUACAGCGCUUGUAUGGGCGAAAAAUCGGGACUUAGAAAACUGGCCGCUUAAUACAUGGCCGCUCAGGCACGGAUCUAGGAUGAAUACUAACCGAUUUCCUAAGCGAGGGAGGAAGGCGCAAGCUUUUAAGGGCGUCUGGGGAUAUGCUCCCCAAGGAAAUUUUUGGAUUUUCUCCCUAGCCAGUCAACUUAGAAAAAUUUUAUCAUUAUUAUUAUUAUUAUUAUUCUCCCUCUUCUUCUUCUUAAGCUUAUUCUUAUUGUUAUAAUCAUUAUUAUUAUUAUUAUUAUUAUUAUUAUUAUUAACAAUAUGUUUAUUAUGAAAAAUCUGACCUAUUUUCGUAAACCGGUGCGGAUCCGCGCCUGCCGCUAUAUACAAUUUUCUAAGGAAUGUAUAAAAGGCAACUGAAGGGAAAAGUUUCUAGCAAUUAAAUGGUUCUGAAAAAUCAAAACUGAGCAACCUUUGGGUUGGUAGCAUUAACCCUCCUCCUUGCUCUCCCCAGGAUAGGCUAAUUAAACACGGAUGGACUUUUAAGUUGACGGAUUUUUUUAAUAAGAUAUCAUAUAGUCCCGCAACGGGGUACUAAAAAAUAGACAGAACGUAUAAAGAGAACAAGGUAGUAGACUCGUAGGCCAUCAGAGAAGAUCUGCCUCUCUGACUUCCGAUCUUUCAAGCCCUGAAGGUGGAUAAUCUGUGAGCGUUUUGCAGGCUAUGUAUUUCAACACUAAUUUCUUGCAUUCCACUAUUUUGUUUUUCUAUAACCACACAGAAAACCCGAUUUCGUCAAAUGCAGAUGAAGGAAAACCUCAACUCCUCCAACAGAAAGAAGCUUCUAGGGAUGUCAAGGAAAAAGCAGAUGAAGGAAAAACUCAACUCCUCCAACAGGACGAAGCUUCUAGGGAGGUCAGGGAAAACGAGGCCCAGAAAAAUCGUAAGUAAAAUAAGACGGAACGCAUGCUGUGGAGAGAACAAGGUAAUAGAUUCAUUGCCCAUCAUGCUGAGGAAAUUCUAGCCUGGGUUGCAGCAUGACACGCGUCGUCUAUUAAAACCAUUUGUAUAGUCCUAUAAAGGUUUAGAGUGUCUGCGACGCAGGCUAAGGAAACACACCCCUCUGACUCGGCUUCCGAUCUUUCAGGCCUAAAGUUGGCGAACUCGAGAUUUUAUCAGCAGGUAGGAUAGAAAAACAAGAGAAAACUUUUGCUCCUCUUUAUUUUAUCACAAAUAUAGGAGGCACUUACUAGUGAUUUCAACAAGUAUUUUUCGGUGGAGUCCCAUGUUUCUGUCAGACAAUCGAAAGGCUGGAUUUGCAUUAGCGUGAAUACUAGAAGAGUUUCACUAAUGACACAGAAAAUUAUUCUUUUUUGUUCCAGAAGACCAAGACCUUGAAAAUCAAAAGAAGCCAUUUGGCGUUCCAGAUGAGAUCGCCAGAGUAUUAGAAGAACACCUAGAGAAAAAUGAAGCUGACACUGAUGAAAAAAUUUGGCCCAUCAUUUGGGAUUUUGCUGGACAAGACAUCUAUCGUGCUAUUCAUCCAAUCUUUAUGUCCUCAGAUGACAUUUAUCUCCUCGUGUUUGAUCUUACAAAGAAAUUGAGCGAAAAAGCAGAAUGUCGAGUCAAUGUGGGACACAAAGAGCUCGUUGCAACAGCCCGCGAUAGCGAGGAAACCAAUUUGGAUCACUUACUUAGGUGGAUGGACUUGAUUCACUCUUUAAAGACGAAUUUUCAGAGCGAUGGUCUUUCGUAUCCUCCAGUCAUACUUGUCGGUACCCAUGCUGACUGUGUAGACGAUCCACGUCAAGCGAUUGAAUCUGUAGUAGAAGAGAAGUGUUCAGGUGUGUUCGAUGAAUACACUUAUUUACCACACAUCGCAGAUUAUCUUCCGAUUGAUAACACAAAAUCUGGAAAAUCAACCGACCAGGAGGAAAUCACUGGGUUACGAAAAAAGAUCUUAGAGUUGGCCGAUAAAAUGCCUCAUACCAAGAGAAAAAUCCCUCUGCAAUGGCAUCGUGUUGAGAAAGAAAUUUGCCGACCCGACUGGCAACAUGAAAAGUACCUUCUGCUGGAAUCCUUUCAAGAAAAGAUUGUUUCACGCUACUGCACGUUUGAGGAUGAGGGCGACUUUGAUGAGCUUGUGUAUUUUUUGCAUGGCCGUGGAACAAUAGUGUACCAUGAACACGAACAUGAUAAAAAGAAAGGUGGUCUGAUUGUCUUGAAUCCCCAGUGGUUAAUCAAUGUACUCUGUGAGAUUAUCAAAGUGAAACCGGAUGAUAACGAACUGUUGUGGAUAAGAAAAGAUCGUGAGAAAUUGGCAGAAGAAGGAGUUCUCCGUGAACGAUUAAUUGAUCAUACCUGUAGAAAAGAAAACGUGGGUCUUAUCAAAGACUCUUUGAUUUCUUUGAUGGGUAAGUUCAACCUCAUUUGCAAGUGGCCAGAGAAAGCAGAAGAGACAAAAAAAGGAGAAUCACAGAUCCUGGUCCCCUGUAUGCUGACUACCUUUUAUGAAGGCGAGGAAGGAAAAGAAAACGCUGCCCCGCUUUACCUCACCUUUCAAACUAAAUACGUACCAUAUGGACUGUUCUGCCGACUGGUUGUGCUGUUUGGAAAAACUUCUCAAUUUAAAAAUAUGUACAGCCUAGAGUACGCUAAUGAAGCCAAAAUUGCCUUGGACAAUGGAAACCAUGUUCUUCAGUUGUUGUGCUACAAGACAGUCAUUAAGCUGCAAAUUUUUACAGACCAUGGCAGUACUCCUCCACAAAAGCUUUAUUAUGACGUUUGGAGGUAAACAGUAUCGUGACCAAAUUAAAAAAGAGUGUAACUAAUACGCGAACUCGCGAGCCGGAGCCAUUUUUUGGCGAGCCUUCAGCCUCUUUUUGCGAGCCAAAAAAUGGCUCCGGCUCGCUCCGGUUCGACAAAAAGGCUCCGGCUCGCAGGCUCGCGCAUUAGCAAUCCCCAAAUUUAAUCAGAGGGGCAAUGGCCGAGCUGUUAAUGUAACACCUAGAAAUUCGAAACUGGAGGUCCAGUUUCGAGCCUUCCAUCGCGCCUUGUUUCUUAGACAAGAAAUUUUGCCCCACUUUGUCUCUCUUCACCUAGUGGGUACCGGUGACAUACUGCUGGGGGGGGGGGGGGGGGCAUUCCAUUUAGGGGAGAGUACGGAAACAUUCGCAGCUGCCACGGAAACUGGGAUGGGCUCCGGCCUAAUGGGCUACUUGGCUCGGAUGCAGAAUUUACCUGUUAUCUUUUACUCAUAAUUAAUCUUAUGCAAAAUUGCUGCGGGCCGGGUGCGUGCCCCGCAUCACAAUGAGAAAGUUAAACAAGAAAUAAAUAGUGUAAGCACAAUGCAAGACAUUUUUCCAGACAAUGAGCUGAUAGCCUUUGUUACAAAACGUCUAGUUGCUCUUUCAAAGGAAAGUUUGUUACUUCUAUAAUCAAGAAUUUUCAUAAGAAUUAAAAAUUAGCUACAUAGUACAUUUUACAAGUGAUUCAGAAAGCUUAUUUAGUAAGCUUCCUAUCCCUCUUUGAAAUCUCUUCUUCCUUUUUUGUAGCCAGUUGAAAAAAUUCUUGAAAAAGCUACGAAAGGAGUGUCACUGGCUGCAUUCAAUGUCUUAUACAUUGUGCGCUCGAUGCACAGUGUGCAUGGGAAAAGCGACAAAGCCCUGCGCCCGGCACGAAGAAAGGUCAUGUAGGCACCAUGACUGUGGUCACUACAUACCUUUGGAAGGAGGGCUCCUUUGUUGUAAGCCUGGUCAAAUGCUGGAAAAGGAGCCACUCAAGCCUUGGAUUAGGGCCAUAGAACACGUGUCAAAGGUACGUCCUGGAUGUACAACCAUAUUAACCGUGUGAUGACUGCUGUUUGCUAACUAAAUUAUAUAGCGCUACUGUUACAGCUUAAAGUAUGUAAAUAAAUAUCAUCAUAGUAUACUCGAGGUUACAGUAAAAAUUAGCUGUGUUCUGUUAUUACAUAAUAAUAGGGAGUUUUAGCAACGGCGACUGCGACAGCAACGAGAACGAAAAAACUGAAUUCGUUUGUUUGGAGAAACAAGUGAAAACUUUUUGGUACAUUACUUUGCCGUUAGGGCACGACCGCGACGUUAUGCGAUGUUAUAUGAAGGACGGUAACACACGACGAUCAAUUCUUAUUCCUUUUUCUAACCUGAGUGCAGUCUCCAAGAACUCAACUGCAGGGAAAUUCAUCCGUUUGUCAUUGUAAGCGAGCUGGAAUUAUAGCGACAAAGUUUCAAAAAUGCGAAUUCGCUUUGAAUUUACCAAUUGUGGCGUCGUCGUUGCCGUUGCCGUCGCCGUCGCCGUCGUCGUUGCUAAAGCUCCCUAAUAACAGUUAACGACAUCGCAAACAAUUCAAAGUGUAGAACCUUAAAAAAAAUUCUAUAGGCAUCCAGUAAGACCUCGAGCAGUCUCUCUUUUUUCUAGGUCCGUCGAGCGAAACGCGCGAGACACGCAAAUGACCACGCGCGUGACUGACGGCGCGAAGAGUGAACAGGCACCUACACGAUGGACCUACACUUUUAGGUAUAUCGAACUAGCAUUAAAUAAAGGUGGUAUUUUUUCUUUGCAGAGUUUAAAUCUUUCCAGCUCACGCUCAGAGUCGCAUGAUGAAUCGUGGUCUUUACAAGGUAAGCCGCAACGUCUGUUGACAAAACGUGAAUCGGAUCAACCCUUGUAACUCUAUCCUUAACCUUUUGUCAAUCACUAAGUUAUAGCAGUUGAUCCGAUCCGAUCUAGGUUUUUUAAAUGCCCAGCUUUAACAAUAGACCCUUCCACAGUCUCUUUACUUAAAUUUUGCACAUGGACCAGACAGUUGACACCACUGGAAAGAGCAACUUUGCAAAGAUUGAACUGAUAUGUCUUAAGGAAGAGGAGUCACUGAUAGCCAUAGCUAGGAAGUCGACACUUUCAUUAAAUGAACAUUUACUACAUCAAUAAAUAAACUUGACUGUUGUCCUUUUUAUGCGUUUAGAGAUACCACGACCAUAUUGUCUUGGUAAAAAAGGAAUCGGGGUACUUAAGCGACUCGUUUCAUGUCGAAAACACUUGUUUGAAGAUUCGUUUCACUUUUCGCUUCACCGCUCUUUUCACGAGCUGUGUUGCAAUUGCUGGUUUUCAGUGUCACGCCAUUCAAAAUAGAUCAAAAUCAAAAUCAAAAGCGUUCAAUAGAUAAAGUCCGGAAUCUUGGAAAUGAAAGGAGGUAAAUAUACCAAGUUCCUCGCCAAGAUUCAGAUCAGACGAACAUUCCGUAUACGAGAUAUCCGGAGAAAUGUUUUACCCAAGUUUAUAGAGAUUUGUAUGGAGACGCUAUGCUGGUGCCCACCUGGAUGGGCACCAAACGUGGCGGACGGAAACCAACAAAAACAUCUGUUACCGAGUUUGGGUACAAAAGCGUGAAUUUAUUCCUCGAGGAACUCAUAAACAUGAAAGUAAUACUUUUUCGUAUCCAUGAACUGUUUAGAUAGAAAAAUUCCCCGUAAUAAGUCACUUUUUUUAACCUACAUGACAGCUCACGACGACCGUCAUGUAAAUACCACGUCACGCAAAAGCUUAGAAAUUCACAAAACCAAGAACCCUUUUGAAGCAAAAAUUUGUAUGAAAAUUAGUUUUCAGCUGCUCUAAUACAUCACGAAAGUAAAAUCUCAGUGGGAUCGAUAGUUUUGUAGUUUGAAUUUUAGUGACGUCAUGUGAAAACCAACAAUAGUAGGUGCUUUACGUUUGACCCCUCGUUUAAUAUCCUGAGCGAAAUGUGUCCCUACCUCUAACAAAGAUUUUCCGUCUUGUUGCUUGGACAAGGCUUUUUGACUGGAUUCUAUAGUGACGGGCCCGACUUCAAAAAUCACAUCUUGUUUCAAUCCUCUUCCCUGCAUGGCCGGUGUAUGGUAACGCGUUAUACUUCCAUCAGUCAUCGGUGAUUGAUAGCGUAUGAAACUCAUGUUAUGGAAUGUUUGGAAUCUUGUGAUGAACGCGAACAUUUAUACCUGUCUGAAGAAGACCGUCAUGAAUGUUUUUCCUUGAUCCAACUCUACCAAAGAACCAUCAUUUUCUCGUGAUUGUGUUUCAAUCGUUUCGAUACAGUGUUGGAAUCGGCAAUGAACCCAUUGAAUCUGUUUGGGUUCAUAAUAAAUGGUAUCUUGUUGCUGUGUAUUGCAAUGGGCUUCUGCUAAAAGAUCUGUUUUUUGUUGUCCCACAAUUUGGCUCUGAACCAAGUCGGAAUACAGGGAUGAGUCACUGCUUCCUCAAAACAGGGAUCCAAAUUGGAAAACAUCCAAUCCACCAUCAAGGAAAACUGAAGCCUUUCAUGUUAACUGACUUGAAUCAGAUCUUUGUUAUUGCUAUAAAAUUCUGUCCCGGUAAUAGCAUUAUAACGUUUGGUGCUAUUCUCGUAGGGUAAGCAAAAGUUUAAAUUGGUCGGGUUUGGGUAAUAUUUAUCCCCCACUUUCACAACCCAUUUCAUGUUCAGUGCCAUAUCAAUGACAAUAUAAAAUCUGAUAGGCUUUUCUCCCCACCACAAAAUCAUGGCCUUCCUAACGAGCGGUGACACGUUGGGCAUCUUGUCCAUAAUAUUGAGCGAGCUUUUUUUGAAUAGCUGUUUGCACACUGUUAUCGAAAUGCUGUUUUAAAUUUUUCAUCAUGUCCAGACCGCUGCCGACUUCCAAUAAACUCUGAGGUGUCAUAAACCCUUGACAUCCUAAAUGAACUGUUCCCUACUUCGUGGAUACAAAAAUCAACCUGUAUGGGGUUUUCACUUGUGCUCAAUAGAGCAUUAUGUCUAUGACUAGUCGCAGGCAUACUGAGCGAAUCAGCGCCACUUCCCAACCAUGCCCUGACAGAUGUAAGGGGGCAGGUAGUCGUACUUUAAAGGUAUGGUUUUCAUUGUCAGGAUAUUCAGGCGUCUUAUCACUCACGACACGUUGCAUGUUUGUAGCAAAUGAGGUGUUGGUUGUGGAUAGUCCUUCUAUUUAAACUUUUCUAAGCACGAGAUUCACGAUGGUUUUACCCGCAUCCAACUGCACCAAUUCGCCAUUGUUUUCAGCAAUUUCAAUUUCGGUCGUUUCCACAAAAUGCUUCCGACACGGUACCCAUUCAAGUGCGAUAUUGACAUGAAUGUUGCCAAAUUUCGUCAAAUUUUUUAUGUUCGUUUCUUUACAUUGUCUAUGAAAGUCAACAAAAUAAGCGCUCUCAUAUUUUCCUAAGUACGCAUCCUCAACACUUGUGCGCGCGCUGGGUCAUGUGAUAUGGCAAAAGUGACCGACGGAAACAGAAUAAACAGUCAUCUUCUGUCCAUUUUUCUCAGCUGUUCCUGAGAUUUUUUUCUAGAAAAUUCCAUUGGCUGGAUAUCUUCUCAUAAUUAAGUUGUUAACAGUAGAGAGAUAAAGCAUUUCUAGGGGCGAAACCUUUUCAUUUAGCUUUUUAUUUUCUUCACAUCACGUCAGUCUAUUGUGCGCACGGAAACAAUUGCGUCAGUGAAAUUUCUUAGCGCGCGCAAUUCUGUCAGAGAAACUGUGUUCAGCUACCUUAAGCUGGAGACAGGAAACAGAAAAUACGGAGCUUAAUUAUUAUUUUCUUUUUUUAUUAUAUUGUUUUUCUCCAUAGUCACUGAAUCACUGAAAAAUACGAGUAAUCCACCGGAGGUAACUGUAGUACUGGAUAAGCGUCAAUUGCCAAUCGAUAUUUUGCUUUUGACGGUGAAGGAUUGGGAAUUUCUAGCUUGUAUUUCGUGUUUCAAUCGCCACUUCUGUAGAAGUUACUGCAAAGAGCUUCGUCAAGACGUGUACCUAGGCGAAAUUGGGAACGAUGACAUGAUGCUAAAGAUCGCUGUGGUGAAGUGUUACACAGGAUCCACCGUUCCACAAGGAUCUUGUGUUGUCGUAAUGAAAGCAGUCGAAGUCUUGAGGCCCAAAGCGGUAUUCAGUGUGGGUUGCUGUGGUGUCUUAGACCUUGCAAAAGUAAAACUUGGGGACGUGGUAGUGUCAGUGAAACUGAUAUCAUAUUCCUCCUCCAAAGUCACGGACGAAGGCAUUACAGAACGUGGUGUAAGAGUUCCAUUGAAAGCCAAUAUUUCAAAACUGAUGUUAAGUGCUGCCCAUGGUUGGAAAGCCCCACUGAAGAAUCCAAAUGAAUUUGAGGUCGAGAUGCACCAAGGAGUGUUUCUGAGUGGCCCAGAAAGUGUUGAUAGCAGUGCGCGGCGUGAGGCACUCAACCAACGCUUCUCAGAAGCCGAUGUUAUUGAAAUGGAGGGCGAAGGUAAGUUAAACAGAUUCCAGCUACCUCUAAUAAUAAUCUUUAUUGAGAUGACUUUUUCAUAUAAAAUAUGGUUUUCAAAAAGGAUCUCAUAAAAUAAAAAAAUAUAUACAAAAAAUACAAAAUACAUACAAUUCGCAAAGACAUUAAAAAUCUAAAAUACGUAAAAACUAUUAAAAAGUACAAGAUAUUAACUCAAAUUUAUUUAAAUUACAAAUUUAAAAAGAUUACGUUUAAAAAUAUUCAGAAUCACGGAUUGACUGAUUGCCUGGCUAAGGGAGUCAAAAUCCUUGAUGGCAUGAAAUUCAUUUAAUUUACAAAUUUAAAAAGAUUACGUUUAAAAAUAUUCAGACUCACGGAGUGUCUGAUUGCCCGGCUAAGGGAGUUAAAAUCCUUGAUGGCAUGAAAUGCAGUCCGUUGCUUGCCCAAUUCCUCAUGACACUUGGACGACUGAGAUUCAGCUUAGUUGUGGUAUUAUAAUUAUGUUGUUCUUGCCGUCUUAUGAAGUUCAUAUCAUGCUCAACAAGUCCAUUUAAACACUUAUACAUAUAAAUACAUCUUCCACUUAAGAGUGGCAAGCGCAUGCGUAGCAGAUGAAUAAAGAGGUCUGUCAAAAAUAUUUUAGCAGCCUUAUUCUGCAAGACUUGCAAACUGGUCAUUAAGAUUACAUUAUGCUUGUCUCCCCAAACAAGGUCUGCAUAAUCAAAUAAAGGCAUGACAAGACUAUUAUCUUCUAAAAGUAAUAAUGCUUGAAGUCUCAAUUGGCCGGGUGUGAAAAUGGUUGUCUUACCCAAAUUCAUUAGACUGAAGUUUUAAGUUUGCGUGUAUAUCAGGGGGUGUAUCUGUAUAAGCGCAUAAAAUAGUAGAAAUCAAAUUAGAGUGACGGUGACUGUAAAUCUCGGUAGUCUGCUUCUGACUGCCGGUCACACGCCUUAACAGUUUCUCGUUCGUGUUGUUUGGAUUGAGCACAAUCUAUUCUUAGAAUUAAAUGCAUACAUGCAUUUCUGGACAGAGACAGUUGAGCAGGCAUCCUUAAUCAAUCGAGUUUGUAAAGGUUUCAAAAGGUGGGUAGUGCUAUCCUUUGAAUAUAUCUGUAUCCAGUGGAUAAUGCAAUUGGUUUCCCUAAUACCUAUCCGCUGGAUACCUGUUCGUAGGAUAGCGCUAUUCAGCUUUUGAACAAUUGGGUCCUGGACUAUUCAUCUGCGGAGGUGGGCGGGAACAGGCGCAAGAGCAUACAACAUAAGAUGACUCGUCAGCUACUCCUUGGUACUUAGUUAACAAACUGAUUGUGAUUCAGAUCUUCAGAAUGUAUACAGUCCCACUUUGAACAAAUAUGAUUGGUUGAUGACACAGCAGAAGGUGGACGAGUUGUACCGUUAUUGAUCUAGUACAAACCCUUAGGUACUAUAUUGUCGGUGGUUUAGAAGACCGGCUGACUGUUAAGUGCCAGGAUUUGAAAGAUUAAGCACAAAGUGUGAUAGGGUGUAUUAAUAGAAGUUAACUGGAGGUAAACGCCAACUUGGUGCUCUCAUAGGAUCUAAAGGCUACAAGGCCAGUAUUGUAAUGCAAAAAACCAUGCAUAGAAUGGAGUAACCUUAACAAUCGCAACGGGUCAACCACGUGCAGCCCAUGUUAUCUUCACGAAGGGGUGCAAAUCCAAAUUUACAUACUUCAUGCGAACAAUCGAGUCAUUCGAAGAUCGCAAUUUCUGUAAUUAUAUCAUUCCCUCAGCUAACUUGUUAGUUCACAGUUCCUUUGGGGCUAAGAUCUGAAUUUAAGUCUAAAUUUGAGUCCCAGGCCAAACGUCGAACUUUUCAUGGGUUAGUGACUUACGUUCAUGAAAAGUUCAACGUCUGGCUCACUUAAGUUCGUCUGAAUGAGUUUGGAUCGUCCAACACUUUCUAUCCGUCUGCUUCAGACGGAUAUAACGUCGACGCGUCCUAAGUUCGACGUCUGAGCCAACAGGCGAUCUUAACUUCAUUUAGGUCGACCCAAAUUAGAGUUUUGUUCGUCUCAUGAAAGUUCGACCUUUGGCCUGGGCCUAAGUCAUUUUCACCCUGACUUUCAUACCCACUGAUGCUGGUAGCGAUUUAACAACAUAUCUGCGUUUUCCUUGUGCUUCUCAUAAGUCUAGAUUUUUGCUAGAAAGCACACUUGUCCUCACAAUUGUUUUUAGGUCUUUAUGCAGCGGCUCAAGAGCUAGAUAUUCCGUGGACUAUAAUUAAAGGCGUCUCGAACUACUCAGAUGGAGGAUUGUUUGAGCCAAAUCGUUGGAAAAAGUUUGCGAGUUUAAUGGCAGCUUCAUUAACUGCUCACAUUCUUAGUAAUCCUAUUGCUUUCAAAGACUGGCCUCACUAUCAAAGUACAGGUGAGUAUUGGAUAUUGACUAAGGGAAGUUACUUUUUUCCCCUUGAAAUACCCUUUUCAAUAGGCUAUUUAGUCUGCUUCUAAUGAUCUUAUAAGGGAUCCUCUAAAAUUUUCUGCGAAGAUCUUAAGAAUCCUCGGAGAUCCUUGCAAAGAUCCUCAACUUCCUCUCAAGACCCUCGAAGAUAUUUGAUUAUCGUCAAAGAUCUUCAAAGAUCCUUUUCGGACCUUUCCAUGAUGAUGAGUUAAGAGCAGAUUUAUGGUUUAACAAUUUCCAUCAAAUAGCUUAGUACAAGAUAAUCACAUUCCAGAAAAAUCAUGACUUCAGCAAAACAAAUAUUGAUAUGCUCGACUCAUUUGAGCGAGAGACCAGUGGAUAAUUUUCCUUAGGUCGCGGGCAUAAGUUCUUAUUUUUGUUAUUUAGGUAUUAAUUUAUUCCGAUUGCAAUGGUAAAAAUUUAACACAAGCUCCUCUUGUAGGCUUGGUUGCGAUAUUUUCAUAAGGAUGCACAUAAUUUCUUUGACUUCAAAAAUCGGUCUGUAUCAAUGAAAACUGGGUGAUUGAAUGUUCAUAGAGAGUGGAAUGUUGUGGGGGGGGGAAGCACCGCUAUAACACAUACUUUAAUUAACUAAGCUGUGUGUCUAUUAUAAACGGAGUCUAACAUGGACCUUCCCUUUCCCUUCGAUAGAUGAAAUAGGAAGUUCCGUUGUCCAUUCCUCAGCUGUAGAAGAUGCCUACACCAUUUGAAGGCGAAAUUGGUGCUAAAGAACAAACUACGCACUGGCAAGAUAUCAUUUGACUCAGACGAUGUCGUGUUUUUAAGGCCCGAAUUUCUAAAAAUCCCGGGUGUCGUGACACAAAGUCUCCUGGAAACGUACAGACACACUGAUGAGAUUCACUGAGGGUCAUAUCAGUCGAAAAUGAACUUCUUGUUUAUACUGGUGAUCAAGGGAUAGAGAUGGCAGACAAUGACUUACUCUUGUUAAAAACUCGUGUCCGCAAAGGUAUAGUAUCUUUCCAUGAAGAUGAACUCGAGUCUCGAUACUCGGG